AUGAAUUCUCCGGGGCUGUCAGGGACCGGAAAUGAAUCUUUCUUCAGCAAGCUCGAAACACUUCGGAGCAAAAAUAAGAGGAAAUCAAAGAAGGAAGUUGAGGAUCUGGCCGCGGAAGGUCGAAAGGCCAUGGAAUCAGCUCUCUGUUCACUGGCAGUUGAAGAUCCAGAAAAUUAUAUGUUGGAAGAGGGUCAAGAGCGUUCAAUAAUCGAACGAGCUUCUAUGGAGUCUGCUGAAGUUAAAGAACUCGUUGGGUCCUUAAUCUCUUGGAUCAACGAUGAACUUAUCAACCACCGUAUUCUUGUGCGAAACAUUGCUGAUGACCUCUACGAUGGACAAAUUUUGCAGAAUUUAGCGGAGAAACUGGCGAACAUUAAAUUAGAACACCCGGAAGUUACUCAAUCCGAGUUCGGCCAAAUGCAGCGUUUGAAGGAAGUUGUUGCAACCAUCAAUCAAUUGCUUGGUGUUCCAGAAAGUUGGGCGAAGGAGCAGUGGUCUGCAGAGAUGAUUCAUGACAAGGAUGUCAUAGCUAUAAUUCGUCUCCUUGUUGCGCUUGCUAAGCACUUCAAGGUGGGCAUUCGCCUUGCCGAUGGAGUAUUUCUUACCGUUAUUGUUGUCAGGAAAAUUAACGGCAUUUUGGAAUAUAGAUAUGAACGCAAGUACUUGACGGAACCGUCACAAUCUACUCCUGGCUCGGGAUCCUCUUCGCAUCCAUUGGAUUAUCUUCCCAAUCGCCAUCUCGUUCCAAGAUUAAUCACAUGUUUUGUUAACGAACAUUUGCAAAAACUGAACCUUCAGGUCAAAGAUCUGACGAACGAUUUCUCAGAUGGAGUGCGGCUAAUCCUCUUGAUGGGUCUGUUGGAGGGCUACUUUGUGCCCCUUCAUUGGUACUACUUGCAUCCGACGACAGACUCGAUGCGGUUGGCUAAUGUACGCCUCGCCUUUGAGUUGAUGCGCGCUGCAGAGCUAUCUGAACCGCUGGAGCGCCCUGAGGACAUCAUGCUUGGUGACGUAAAGGCCAUUCUGCGCCUCCUUUAUGGCCUUGUUUCGCACUACCAGUACGAGCAUGGAGGUGGUGAUGUCUUCGCCGACCUGCAGAAAAUCACCGAAGAUGAGGGUGCCGUACCAGUACACCAAAAACUUUAUCAGCCUCCCGAAUCCACCGCUUGA